AUCUUAUCUUUGCCGGGCCCUAAUAAUUGGAAGAAGUGGUGGACUUUGGUGGGAAAGGCGCUUAUAAAAGGAACCCUGCCACCCUACAAAGAUUCAUAUAUAUCAAAUCUGAAACCCACACCAUGUCUCUUGCCGACCAAUUUGCCGAUACCGCCAAGAAGGUUGCUGCCUUCAAGACCGUUCCUGAGGAAGGUGUCUUUGCUGAAUUCUACUCUCUCUACAAACAGGCAACAGCUGGAGAUUGCUCUGAAGGCGCACCAAAGGGCAGUGACUCGCUCUCUGUGGCCAAGCACAAUGCUUGGGUGGCUCUGAAAGGCACCUCCAAGGAAGAUGCCAUGAAGAAGUACGUCACCAGGGCACAGGAGUUGGCGCCAAAAUACCAGAAGUAAUUUAUAUUUAACAAAAAUUUUAUUUGAUCAAAUUUGUGAGUCAAAAUUCUCAAACUUUCUGUGAAAGCUUUUUACUAUUAAUAAAUAUAAAUUUUGAAACCUA